GCAUGUCCAGGGUCGCGGCAAGGCUGUGCCAAGAAAGAGCAGUGGCGGAUGGGCUCGGAUCCAACAAGAAUGCCAUCAAGUAUUUGAAGCAGGACUAUGAAGCCCUGAAGCAGCAAUGCCUGCAGACUGGCACCCUGUUCAAGGAUGAGGAGUUCCCAGCCUGUCCCUCUGCUCUGGGCUACCGGGACCUGGGACCAUACUCCUUCAAAACCCAGGGGAUAAUCUGGAAGCGCCCCACGGAAUUAUGUGCCAAUCCUCAGUUUAUAGUUGGAGGAGCUACCCGAACAGAUGUCUGCCAAGGAGAGCUGGGUGAUUGCUGGCUCCUAGCUGCCAUUGCAUCUCUCACUUUGAAUCCAGAUGUUCUGUACCGUGUUGUUCCCAAGGAUCAGAGUUUCCAGAAGGACUAUGCUGGAAUCUUUCAUUUCCAGUUCUGGCAGUACGGGGAGUGGGUGGACGUCGUGGUGGAUGACAGGCUGCCCACCAAGAAUGGGAAGCUGGUCUUCGUGCACUCGGAGGAAGGCAACGAGUUCUGGAGCGCUCUGCUGGAGAAGGCCUAUGCCAAGUUGAAUGGCUCUUAUGAAGCUCUCACAGGAGGGUCCACUAUGGAGGGCUUUGAGGAUUUUACUGGAGGCAUCUCUGAGUCCUAUGAGCUCCGGAGGGCUCCUUCAAACCUGUUCCAAAUCAUCCAGAAGGCUCUGAGAGCUGGGUCGCUGCUUGGCUGCUCCAUCGAUAUAACUGCUGCGGCUGAAAUAGAAGCAAUCACAAGUCUGAAGCUGGUAAAAGGACAUGCUUAUUCUAUCACUGGAGCAGAGGAGGUAUAUUACCGAGGACGGCCAGAGAAACUAGUGAGGCUUAGAAAUCCCUGGGGUGAAGUAGAAUGGACUGGAGCUUGGAGUGAUAAUGCUCCUGAAUGGAAUUAUGUUGAUCCCAAACAAAAACAGGCUCUGGAUAAGCAAGUAGAUGAUGGAGAGUUUUGGAUGGCGUUCGCAGAUUUUCAAAGACAGUUCUCCCGCCUUGAGAUCUGCAACUUGACUCCUGACACACUGACAAGCAACGUGGUCAAUAAAUGGGACCUGACCCUGUUUAAUGGACAGUGGAGACGGGGUUCAACUGCUGGGGGCUGCCAGAACUACCAAGCAACAUACUGGACCAAUCCCCAGUUUAAAAUCCGGUUGGAUGAACCAGAUGAUGACCAUGAAGGGAGUUUGAAUGAGCCGUGCUGUACUAUACUGGUGGGCUUAAUGCAGAAGAACCGCAGGAGACAGAAGAGAAUGGGAGAAGGUCUGCUUAGUAUUGGUUAUUCACUCUAUCAGAUUCCUCAAGAGCUGGAGAAUGACACAGAGAUUCAUGCAAGCCGUGCAUUCUUCACAAGGCACCAACCAGCAGCCAGGACUGAUCCUUAUAUGAACCUGCGUGAAGUUUCGUGCCGCAUGAAGUUGCCCCGGGGAGAGUAUCUCAUUGUGCCGUCCACUUUUGAGCCUUACAAAAAUGGAGAGUUCUGCCUGCGAGUUUUUGCUGAGAAAUGCGCUAAAACACGGAUGAUGGGUGAUGCGGUGUCUGCAAAACCAUAUGAGCCUUGUGUCUAUAGCAAAGAUAUAGAUGAUGAGUUCAAGACUCUGUUCCAAAAGCUCUCUGGAGAGGACUGUGAAGUGACUGCAGUUGAACUUCAAACUAUCCUAAACCGGGUUUUGGCAAAGAGAAAGGAUGUUAAAAGUGAUGGAUUCAACAUUAACACUUGCAGGGAGAUGAUCAGCCUUUUAGAUACUGAUGGGACCGGCACCUUGGGACUUCUAGAAUUCAAGACACUUUGGAUGAAGAUUCAGAAGUAUUUGGCAAUCUAUAAGAAAGUGGACAGGGACUACUCUGGUACCAUGGACUCCCAUGAGAUGCGAAAUGCCCUCAGAGAGGCAGGUUUCACGCUCAACGAUCAGGUGCAGCACAGCAUCGUCACCCGCUACGCCUGCAGCAAGUUGACCAUCGACUUUGAUGGCUUUGUGGCCUGUAUGAUCCGCUUGGAGACCCUGUUCAAAGUGUUCCAUCUCCUGGAUAAAGACAAGAAUGGAGUCAUCCAGCUCUCUCUGGCUGAGUGGCUGUGCUGCACACUGGUUUGAACCACGGUUGAUCAAUUCAGCAGAGACCUCUGAGGCUCUUCUGAACAUGGAACCAUUUGUUUGGCAUCUCUUUGUUAUGAAAAAAUGAGAGAGAAACUUUUUUUUACUACUGGCAAGUUAUUUUAAGCCACUAAAAAUGAUCUCCUGUCAGCUAU